AGGAUUAUCAACAACCAACUCAGCCGGAACAAGAGAUUUUCUGUUGCUUUCUUUAUGGAAUUUUAAGUGAAGUUGACUUGUGCAUCUGGCAGUUUUAUAUGCCCACUUUAAACGAAUGGCGAAUACAUGGUCAAAAAGAAUAUGAAUAAUAAUAAAUAUUAUUUAUUAUUAUUGGAUGAAGCUUUUGGUGCAGCGGCAAUUCCUCGUUUGGUCGACACUUAUAGGGAUCUAGGGUUUAGAAUGAUCAUAAUUACAUUGGUUUCUACCAUUAAAUAAUUCAACAAUAUCGAUAGUAGCAACCAAAAGAAAAUGGCCAAAUUCAAUGGCUGAUAUGGUGACAACCUUUUUUUCUUCAAAAGAAGAGAUGAUUUUUCAUUUUAAUUUUUCAAAUUCUUUUUAUGGUAACCACGUUUAAUGGAUGGAUAUAGUCUUCUUGAAGAAUUUGGGUCUUUGCUUCUUUUCACAUUUGAAAAACUCUGCCUUUUCACUGUCAAAGCCCAUCACUUUGAGUCAUUUCACUACCUACACUGACAAAACCAUUCGUCAUAUUUGGACAAUUUGGGUGUUUUUGGCAGCUUUUAAGGAGUUUCUGCAAAUGGCUUUUUGAGUCUUCUGUUUUUUCUUAACUGGGUUUUUAGCAACAACCCCUUUUUCUUUUCCAACAUUUUGAUGGUAUUGAGGACUGUGAGAGAGAAAAAAAUGAUUAGUUUUAAGCAGUUUUGGACAGAGAAGACGUUGGUUGGACUUGGACUGGGGCAGUUUCUGUCUCUUCUGAUCACUUCUACUGGCUUCUCUUCCUCUGAACUCGCUAAAAAAGGAAUUGAUGCACCAACAUCUCAGUCUUUUCUAAAUUAUGUACUCUUGACUAUUGUCUAUGGAAGUGUCAUGCUUUACAGAAGGCAAGCACUUAAGGCAAAAUGGUAUUAUUACGUUGUUCUUGGUUUGGUAGAUGUAGAGGCCAAUUAUCUUGUGGUGAAGGCCUAUCAGUACGCAUCUAUAACAAGUGUCAUGCUGCUGGAUUGUUGGUCUAUCCCAUCUGUCAUGCUUCUUACCUUUAUUUUCCUGAAAACAAAGUACAGAUUCAGAAAGAUAGCUGGUGUGAUUGUAUGUGUUGCUGGUCUUGUUAUGGUCGUUUUUUCAGAUGUUCAUUCAGGUGACCGAUCAGGAGGCAGCAACCCUCGCAAAGGAGAUUUACUUGUCAUUACUGGGGCAACACUCUAUGCCAUUAGUAACGUCAGUGAGGAGUUUCUUGUGAAGAAUGCUGAUAGAGUUGAACUCAUGUCAUUUUUGGGCCUCUUUGGUGCCAUUAUUAGUGCAAUCCAAAUAAGCAUAGUUGAACGCAAUGAACUCAAAUCGAUUCGGUGGACAGCUGGUGCUGCAUUUCCAUUUUUUGGAUUUUCAUUGGCUAUGUUUCUGUUUUACUCAUUUGUCCCGGUGUUACUUAAGAUUAGUGGUUCCACAAUGCUCAAUCUCUCUUUGCUAACCUCAGACAUGUGGGCCGUCGUAAUCCGCAUUUUUGCUUACCAUGAGAAGGUUGAUUGGAUGUACUUUUUAGCCUUUGUUGCAGUAGCUGUUGGACUUAUUAUUUAUUCUGGGGGUGACAAGGAAGAGGAUCAACGCCGAGCUGGUGUUGCUGAUGAAGAUGCUGAAAGAAGCAAGCAUUUUGAUGAGGAGGCUGGUUGUGACAACCUCAAUCGCGGAACUAUGGCUGGAAGCUCGAAAACCGGGGAUACUAGCAAGCAUGAUUAUACCACUAGCAUCGAAGGAAGGGGAAUUGUUGAGAACCAGAACAUUGGAUAAGAUGUGCAAGGGAAGAAAUCAUGAUGUAUUGUUCUUUGGAAUAGGGAGGCUAUCUACCAUAGGACAUGUUUGGGACCUUAAAGGUAAUUGUAAAUGAGUAAUUGCUGUUCUCAUUUUCAUUUUAGGGCUUCACCUAUUUCAUUCCUCUUUCACUUAGGAGCACAAGAUAUAGGUCAAUGGCUACUAUUACAAAUGUUGCAUGUUUUGAAAAACUAUUGAAUAGGUUAUUUCCUUAUGAUUUAGAGGCAAAUGCAAUUAUUGUUAAACU